CACCGAUCAAAUGCGCAGGCGUCAGGGUUGUUGACGUUCCCGAGAAUCGCGCAUGCGCGCAGUACAUAAAAGGCCUGGACAGGAUCAUUGCAGGUUAAAAAUGACAAGGAAUUUGUCUACGGGAAUCUCGAACACAACACACCAGCUGUCUCUGUCCAGAUAUUUAAGAAGUGGAGCAAGAGAUUCGCUCGAUCAUCCUUCCUGCUCGGACUGUGGGGAGGGAUUCACUAGCUCAUCUGACCGAUUGACACGCCUGUCAUUUCACACAGUGGGAAACCCAUUCAUCUGCUCAGACUGUGGGAACAGAUUCAGUCAGUCUUCUCAACUGAAGGUACAUCAAUAAGUUCACACUGGGCAAGGCCAUUCAUCUGUUCUGUGGGUAAGAAGGGAUUCAGUCGGUCCCACAUGUGGACACACCAGUCCGUUCACACUGGGCAGAGGCUGGUCAUCUGCUGAAUUUGUGGGGAAGGAUUCACUCUGUCAUCUGGCCUAAUGGCUCACCAGCAAGUUCACACCGGGGAGAAGCCGUUCUCCUGCUCGGACUGUGGGAAGGGAUUCACUAAGUCAUCUCACCUACUGAGACAACAGUCAGUUCACACUGGGGAGCGGCCGUUCACCUGCUCGGACUGUGGGAAGGGAUUCACUCGGUCUUCCACCUUAAUGGCUCACCAGCGAGUUCACACUGGAGAGAGGCCGUUCACCUGCUCAGACUGUGGGAAGGGAUUCACUUGGUCAUCCCAAUUGAAGGUACAUCAGCGAGUUCACACUGGGGAGAGGCCGUUCACCUGCUCGGACUGUGGGAAGGGAUUCACUUGCUCAUCCCAACUGAAGGUACAUCAGCAAGUUCACACUGGAGAGAGGCCAUUCACCUGCUCAGUCUGUGGGAAAGGAUUCACUUGGUCAUCCCACCUACUGGUACAUCAGUCAGUUCACACUGGGGAGAGGCCAUUCACCUGCUCAGUGUGUGGGAAGGGAUUCACUUGCUCAUCCCAACUGAAGGUACAUCAGCGAGUUCACACUGGAGAGAGGCCGUUCAUCUGCUCAGACUGCGGGAAGGGAUUCACUCAGUCAUCCCACCUACAAGCACACCGAUCAGUUCACACUGGGGAGCGGCCGUUUACCUGCUCAGACUGCGGGAAGGGAUUCACUCGGUCAUCCGACCUGCUGGUUCACAAGUCAGUUCACAGUGGGGAAAGGCAAUUCACCUGCUCAGUCUGUGGGAAGGGUUUCACUUGCUCAUCCCAACUGAAGGUACAUCAGCGAGUUCACACUGGGGAGAGGCCGUUCACCUGCUCAGACUGUGGGAAGGGAUUCACUCAGUCAUCCCACCUACAAGCACACCGGUCAGUUCAUACUGGGGAGCGGCCAUUCACCUGCUCUGACUGCGGGAAGAGAUUCACUCGGUCAUCUGACCUACAAGCACACCGGUCAGUUCACACUGGGGAGCGGCCAUUCACCUGCUCAGACUGUGGGAAGGGAUUCACUUGCUCAUCCCAACUGAAGGUACAUCAGCGAUUUCACACUGGGGAGAGGCCUUUCACCUGCUCAGACUGUGGGAAGGGAUUCACUUGCUCAUCUAAACUGAAGAUACAUCAGCGAGUUCACACCGGAGAGAGGCCGUUCACCUGCUCAGACUGCGGGAAGGGAUUCACUCAGUCAUCCCACCUACAAGCACACCGGUCAGUUCACACUGGGGAGCGGCCAUUCACCUGCUCAGAAUGUGGGAAAGGAUUCACUCGGUCAUCUGACCUACUGGUACACCAGUCAGUUCACACUGGGGAGAGGCCAUUUACCUGCUCAGUCUGUGGGAAGGGAUUCACUUGCUCAUCCCAACUGAAGGUACAUCAGCGAGUUCACACUGGGGAGAGGCCGUUCACCUGCUCAGUGUGUGGGAAGGGAUUCACUCUGUCAUCUCGCCUACUGACACACCAGUCAGUUCACUCAAGGUAGAGGCCAUUCACCUGCUCAGAUUUUGGGAAGAGAUUCUCUCAGUCAAAUCAACCAAAUGUGCAUCAUUAAGUUCACACUGGGGAGAAGCUGUUCACCUGCUGUGAAUGUGGGAAGCGAUUCACUCAGUCAUCUAACCUUAUGUAACUCUGGCUUUGGCUGGCAGCUUAAUAUAGGGGGUGAUAGCCCCCCAGCCCGGCCAAACUUAAGAUAUCUCAUUUGGGUGGAUGCGUGAUGUGUCCCCUGUUACAAAUCAGUACCCCAAAAUAACAAAUGGUACACAAUAUGUGAUUAAACAAUUAAGAUUUAUAAUUCUUACUUUGACUAUAUGGUUAGUAAAGAAAAGAAAAAGAAAAAUGGCCCACUGUCUCCAUUCACGUCUUCUCAUCUCUGCCCAGCUAAAGAACAACAAAAUCUCUCUUCCAGACACACAAGAAAAAAUAUUUCUGUCAUUGGAUAGCCCCGCAGUCCAAAACCCUGUUAUCUCUAGUCGUAACCUAGACAUUGCUGCUACAGAGAAACCAUUACUUUGGCAGUGAAACAUUGCAGAGAGGCCAUUACAUUAGCAGUGAAUCCUUACAGCAUUUUACACUUGUGACACACUACCAGGUUCACACUGGGGAGAAAGUUUCAAUAAGCUGCAUGCUGGAUAUUUCUCCAUCACCGUGCUGAAUGCAAUUUCGAGAGUGACUGUCGGUGCUGAACUCUGCAAUUAUUGCUGCUGCUCACCACACCCAGUUCUGCACCCUGGUCACUGGGCAUGGGAGGAGUUUCUUCUGCUGCAUAUUCACCUUUAAUGGGACUGGUGUUUAAUAUUCUGGAUCUGAGACAAAUAAAUCAGUUCUAUUUUAAACUCUGUCCAGUACUUAGUGAAUUUAUAACACAACUAGUGUACAGUAGAGAGUCAACUCAGACCGGCUGAGUUUGUCUUUUAAAGCAAGAUUUUGGUGAAUGAUAUUUGCCACUUUAUUGUACCUGCAUAAGUAAUCAAAUUGAGUUAAUCUGCUGCAGGAUCCUGGAAUGUGUUGGAUUGUGUCUGGUUUCUCUUGGCAUUUUCUGCAUUUAUUGCCUGGUUUGUUUGUAUUGUGUACAUUGUUGAUUUUUUUUUUCUUUUUGUUAACCACCUUGUCCUGUAUUUCUGCAAGGAACCCCUAUGUUUCUGCGAAGAGGUCUCCAACUCUCAGUCAGGUGCUCAAUGCUUCCUUGUCACCAUCUCGUCUGCUCAGAUCAUUGGGAUGUCUCCCAUGGAGGGUCAUACUCAUUCCACUGGUUAAUGUUUUCUUCCAUAGUGAUGAUUCAUUUUUCUGAGUUGGCCUCUCAUUUAAGUUUUCUGGUCUGUAUUUCUUAUCAGGAUUACUGUUGUCUGAUUUUUUUUCACGUGUUAUUUCUCUUCCACCUUCUGUCCAAGGUAGUGUUAAUCUAUGAGUGUAAAUAGUCUUUUCUAAAGUUUUCUAAUGUUCUUGUUUAUCUUUGUAAAUUUUACUGAUUGAAAUGGGACAAAGAUAUUUUCAUUAGAAAAGUCAAUGUCUGUAUUGAUGCCAGAGUUUAUUGCCUUUGUUGUAUUUGUUAAAUAUUGAGCUCUGUUUGGCAGGUUUUUUAACUAAAUUUUGUCAAAAGUUUUCCCUAUUUCGCACUACUUUCUGUUUUCUUUGCUUGUUGGUAUUCCAGAUACUUAGGUAUCAAGAAUCCCGAUGAAGGGUCUUGCCCGAAA